UUUAAAAAAAUGAAUAAUAAAAAUCAUGUAUUUAUACAGGUAACCCGACGGAAAGGGUUUAGUAUUUUUUUAUUUGUACAAGCUAUAUUUGUUUAAACAAAAUGUACACACACUCAAUUUUUUUCAUUGCCGCCAUUAUUUGUUGCGCACAAUGUAUACCGCUCGACGCGUCUCACAGCGAGGCAUCAUCGACACGCGAGCUUAAUCUUGUCGUGAAAAAUUCGACCAAAUCCUCCGAUUAUCAUCUCACGCCGGUGAUGCGUGAACUGGAGAACAUAGACCAACAGAUAGAAGACCAGCUUCAAGCUAUAUUACCGUACCUCAACUUCUUUUUCGAUUCGUUACUCGGAGAAACAAAACCUGAUGAUGAAGACGAUGAUUGCGUCAACAACAUGGUGAUUGAGCUGGUUCCAGAUGAAACUGCAACUCAACCAAACGAGAAAGCAGACAAGAAAUCCCAACCCGAAGAUAAAUCUGAACCAAAUCCUGACACUGACAAUAUUGAGAGAAAAUCUGAAGACAAAUCCAAUGACAAACCUGUGUCAAACUCUGAUGUAGCGUCUACUCCAGAGGGACCAGUUGAUAACGCUCAGACAAAUCCUUAAAGCAUGUAAUAUUAUACCUAUAUCAACAAUAUCAACAAUAUCAACUUAAUAAUAAAAAUUAUAUUUUUAUCUACCUAUUUAUUAUGAAUUGCAAAAUUUAUUGUAUUUAAGGAAGAAAAACAAACGCUUAUAAUAUUCAUUUUCUAGAUUUUUUGCCUAUGAUUUAUUUUUAAUUUAUAAUCUUGUUUAUUUUUUAUGAUUUUUCCUGGUUUAUCUUGGGAAAGAUAAAGGGUUUUCAAACUGGCUCGAGUGACUUGAAUAAUUUAAUAUAUCCUGUAUGAAAAAUAAUAGUACCUAUGCACGGUACAUCUAAAAUCAUAGUAGGCAUACCUCAACCACUUAUACAGUACUUAUGACACAAAAUUAUUGUCCUUGAAAGAACUUACAAAGUGGACUUGAAAUAAUAUUAGUGUAGGAUAAGUAUUUUAUUAGUGGCCGAAAGUGUAGGUGUAGGUUUGAACAAUUUGGUGGUGUUAAGUAAUAUUAAAAUGACGAUUUUUAAAAACUUCUCCGAAAAGUUAACUGUCGUCAACAAUAAAUAUUGUUAUUUCUAUAGAUAUGUUUGUGUCAUGCGGAAAAAUGCUUUUUAUUCACUACAG